GUAUAAAAUAAAAUUAUAACAAAGAUGGAUUCUCUUGGCACUCAAGAAUGUGAAAAGAGAGGUGUGUUGUGAUUCCCGUUUUUCCAAUAGUUGACCCGACUGAACCCAUCCCCACCCCUCUUUCCGUUCCUGUUUCUGAUUCUUUUCUUCCAACUUAUACAAUUUCCCUUCAAUCUCCGAUCCCCAUCUUGUUCUUUUAUAAUAUCCUAUCCAUCCAUGUAUGAUCAACAAUAUCUUCUUGUCGAUUCAACCCAAUUUCGCCAAUUAAUGAUGUGUUUCAGUGACCGCUAGUGGUUGAGUGAAAUAAAUGGAAGAAAAUUUUGGCCGUUAAUUAUAAUGUCUUUGUAUCCAAUGAUGAACUUGAGAGCAUCUCGCCAUCCAUCCAUUUCGUACAGGCCUAUACGACCAUCGGAUCUAGAAGUUCUUGUAAAGAUUCACGGUGAUCUUUUUCCUAUAAGGUAUGAACUUGAAUUCUUCCACAGCGUUGUUCAUGGCCGUGAUAUAGUUUCUUGGGGAGCAGUUGACCGAAAUAGUCCAAAUGGUGAAAAUGAUGAACUUAUUGGAUUUGUUACCGCACGAAUUGUUAUGGCAAAAGAAAGUGAGAUAGAAGAUAUGCUGAGAUGUGACAAAUCAAGAUCAGACCAGUCUCUAGUUUAUAUUCUGACACUAGGCGUGGUAGAAUCUUAUAGAAAUCUUGGUAUAGCCACUUCACUGAUUCGAGAGGUGAUUAAGUAUGCAUCCGAUAUGCCAAACUGCAGAGCGAUUUAUUUGCAUGUAAUUUCAUACAAUAAUUCGGCUAUCCAUUUGUACCAGAAGAUGUCUUUUCUCUGCGUAAGGAGAUUGCACGCCUUUUAUUAUAUAGACGGCCAACAUUACGAUGCGUAUUUGUUCAGUUACUAUGUAAAUGGAGGACGGUCUCCAUGUUCGCCCUUAGAGCUUGUUACGCUUAUCAUGACAUACAUGAGGAAAGGAUUAAAGUUGGUAUUUUCAAGAGUAUCUAAAAACACUGAGAAAAACGGGCCAAAACGGGUCAAAUAUAGAGACAAAAGCUGCCUUCUACCAAUGACACAAAGCAAAAGAAGCAUUACAAUCGAGGGGCCCGAGAGUGAUCAUGUAUGAACUUAAUUAUGAGGCGAUAAAUUUACGUUUCCAUCCCUCCUAAUUGGUGUUUCUUUUUCGUUAUUUUGUUUUGAAGCAAAAUAAUAAGUCUCACAUGUUAUAGGUGGUUAUCAGCCUGAAUAUUAUAUAUUGAGGUUUGACUUGUGUAAAACUUUUGUUGGUGUUCUGUAAGUGUAAAGUGACAAAAGUGAAAUGCCUUAAAGUCAUUUCACUCUGCUUUCAUAUGAUUGUUUAAUAUAUUUGAUGUGGAAUAUGAAUGAAUACAUAAAGACAUCGAUAGAAA